CAUUUUAUCUACAGCCGCUGUUUAUAAAUCACGAUCGCAUAUACCCACCCGUUAUGAUCACCGAGCUAGUGCAGAAUUCUUGUGUUACUUAUAUGGACAACUAUAACUAACUGGUAUCUGUUUCGCCAGAUCGUCUCCUAAAGCACACAAACGCAUCCAAGGAAACAUCGUCAGUUUGUCAAAUUCUACCUGGCAUCCCGCCCAGUAGCAACCGUCCGUUGACAAAUCUUUCGACUAAAUCACCGCCAGGCACCAGAUCAUCAUGCAGUAGCCUCAGACGAAUAGGCACACUGAAGAUACUAUCUAAAGCACACGACCUGUUCCGAAUCAUCGUACAAACAGCUAACAUUAUUCGGGUCUAAUCCUCUCGUAAUUUUCCCGUAUCGUACGCCAUAAUUAACGAUGCGCAUUCAAUGUAACGAUAAAGUGUUCUUCUACGAGUCCCGAUCGCUCCCACCUCCCUCUCGUAGAGUCAAUAUAUGGAUUCGAAUACUUCAGAUCUCGCAUUUUCAAUUCUCGAUUUUAAUGCCGCCGUAUUUUUCUUCGCCAAUCAUGACGUACAUAUAUUUCUGCUAGUAGCGUAGACUGUAAUUCGUCCGUGUGACGUCGUCAUCUUGGUGGACGUUAUUGACUGUCGUUGCUUGAUCGGGUCAGUAUCACGGGAUAUGAUCUCCGAUUCCGGUACUACAAUGUCAUCCGCAGCGGCUGAGUUGCAUAUGUUGCGCAUACAACUCUAGGACUAGCAUCAGGAGCUAUAUAUUCGUUUCCGACGACAAGCCAAGCGCGGUGCGUCACCCGGCAGUGUCUGCUGAUCCGCGCGAAGUCGAGAUAAAUCGGUAUCAAUCCUGUCUUGUUCCCGAAAAGAUUGAGAAGAAGCGAUUCAACGACGCCAAUCCCUCAAUAGUUAAUUGAUUUUCCUGUUUUACUGCGGAAUUAGUAGACUACGACGACGCAGAUAUUAAGGAUGAAGAAGUCGAAAAGAAAACGAAACGCUCUUUGGCAAUCCGAUCGGAUUCGAAUCGGAUCAGAUUGUUAGCUCGAUGGCUUGCUUAUGAAAAAGUUAUUCAAUAUAUCUGUACAUGUCUCUGAUAUCUGACUACUAUUCGUUCCUAUACUUAGCGAUGUUCGUAACCUGCUAAAUGUCAGUUACAAUCUAUGCCAUCGAAUCGUUUGUCUGAUUCGGUGGUGCACUCUUGAUAUAUUUACCUUCUACCCUGUGGCCGCCACAUUUUGUCUGUCUUUUUGCAGUAGCUUAUGUAAUAGCUCCCGUGGUGGGCCGAGUUUAUUCGGAGCUACUUGUCAAUACCAGCACUGUCGUCGUGCGUAGCUAGUAAAUCGGGGAACUAAAAGCUUGCACUGCAUCAGCUGCUCAAAUAGACUCUUGGCGUCUGAGCAUCAUAAUGGGGCGGUGUAUGAGGGUGGACUAUUAUCAGGAACAGGCCGUUAUCAACGAUGCCCUGGUGACGGCUCUUCCCUUAGCCGCUGCAAGCUGCUGCUUCGUUUUACUCCCUCCCCUAUAAACCCUUGAUUUCCCUUUUGCGCGCUGGGGUAACGUAAAGCGCCCGCUCUGUUGCCGUGGCUGAUGAACAAAUCCUAUUGGCUUUGCGCUGUUGCCUGACUUUGCUUAACAGGCGCAAGUUACACAAAGGGUUUUCGCCCUCGCCGGAGCGGGCCGUCUUGCCCUCGGCGCGCGGUGGUCGACGGUAUUUGAGUGAAAAACUGGAGGGAGUCUCACCAAACGUACUGUCGCCGUUGAAACGGUAGUGGUUUACAGAUCAGACAAAGCGGCGCGUUCAGGUAACCAAGCCUGUCAUUAAAGCGAAUGCCUACGGAGGCAGGUCGGUUAUUGGAACAGGCAGGACUUAUUCCUGGAUGUAAUAUAUAAUGAAAAACAGUUUACGGCCUAGGUGACCAAUUAAGUGUAACCUAACUAUAAAGAGCAAGUGACAGCAUCACGGAUUUUACUGGUGAAAUCUGUUAAAAGUAAUGGUUUAGAGGAGUGUUGCAUAUAGGCGCUUGGUGGAAACACAGCCCCGCAUAACGUGUGUGCUCGAAGAAACAGUGUAACCACGCAUCUACAAAGUGGAGAAUUAGUAGCCGUACUCUGUAUUCGGUGUGGCUGUGGAGUGGUAUCGGAAUUCAAGUUAGGUCUAAGAGUUCUUCUUUAGUGGACCACGGGCGCGAGCCCUGCCUGGAGCAAGCUCCGAGAUGGGCUACCCCGUCAGAUGGACUAUACUUCUAGCGUCAAUCAGCGUAAUUGCGUUUGUGGCCACAAAGAAGAAAGGUAUCCUGCACGCUCUGCCACCGGCUGAAGCACAACUUAUAAAGUUUCCGCGAUUACGUUGGCCAUCCUUUAACCGCGGUAACAAAAAAGACAGUGCCAUCGAGCUUAAAGGAUCAUCGACAAAUCACGAACCUUCAGUGACCCACACUUACGUCGGAGGUAGCGGGGGUCAAUCUUCUUCUCCCAGUGUUUCACCUCCUCUUGGACCUCCGUUACCUGCUGGACUCCCCCCAUCGCUCGGACCACCUCCGCCGCUUUAUGGUGCAGGCUAUGGCCCGUUUUCACCAUUUGCUCGAUCUCCUUACGGUCGAGCGCCAAACCCAUUCGUUUUUCCCAACAUCGUAGCACCCCCUCCUCCCUCAUUGCCACCCCCAUCAUCAACGUAUUAUACCUCUUCAUUUUCUUCUGGUGGACGGAAAAGUCGGCGCCGUAGACCCGUCUAUGACAACGACUCACUCGAAGAUGCCUCAACGGAAGAUGAGCCAGUCUAUAUUAAAGUGAAGUCAAGAAAGCGUCGGCCGAUUGUCAUCGAUGAGGAUGAACUGCUUGGUCGAGGCCAUAAUGGCGCAUCGAGUGAGGAAGUCGAUGACCGCGAAUCCAAAGUCUCGUACAAAAGCCGCUCGAAACCGCAAGUAGUGUACGUCGAUUCGUCACGGGAGUACCAGACACCAAACGAACGGCGUAUGCUGCUUAAAAAUGAGGAAAUGGUUCAAGACGCACCGUCCUAUCAUUCGCCGGCAAUUAGUGCACUACACGCGUCAGUGAGUUCGGGCGGAUACCAAAUUAACUCGCGCUUGCAGUCGCAGCGGCAACCUGAUAGCGUCGUGUACGUUAAUGAUAUUGAAAGCUCCACGGGUCCAUCGUAUCACAUUGAUGGGCAUGGUGAUCAUGAAGAUCAUUCGGAGUUCUCGGGACACUUUCUGCUUCAGAAUAUGGGAGAGAUCAAUCAACAUCGACAGAUAAAGGAAAUUCCUCCAAGUCAAAAGACGUUUCGCAUCCCUGAGAGUAGCACGACCACUCCGACAAUUCGUAUCGUCCUCAACUCGUUGAACUCGAAUUCCGAAUCACCCCAAAUGUCGAGAGAGAUAAUGCCUCCGGUAACUACCCCUAACCCGUUACAAUUCAGUCGUGCGCAAAUUCCCCCACCGCAGUCACCUUCUUCACAGCAUUCCUCCGCUCAAUCCAUGAACCAUUACCAGGUCUACGAGCCCACUCAGAGCGUGUUCCAUCAACAGGUGCCACCAACUGACAAGAAUCAAUUCUCCUUUGAUAUUUCUCAAAAGCGAACGAUCGGAUGGCCACCAAAUGCUUCCCCAACCAGCUUUCACCACACGCCUCCAUCAACUCUACCCCCGGUUCCAGCACCUCAGUUGUCGAAGUCAAACACAAUCAAGGUUGCCCGAAGGUCAUUCCCUAGCACGUUUCCGUCAAUCUCUACUAAUCCUUCCGCUGUCGCGCCCUCCAGCUCGUUGAAUCACGAGAAUCAGAUGUACAGUUUUCCACAUGGAAAUUCAGACCCUGUCCAGCCUUCUGCGAUUCACUCGCAGGAUCCCAUUCAAGUUCAAACACCAAUGAUGCCGAUGAAUCACCACAUCAAUUAUCACUCACCUCAAUCGACUUCGGUCCAAAGUUACCACCAUAUAUAUGACAAGCCAUCGUCGCAUUACACGGAGGCGAUGUUUUUCAUGGAAAAACCGAGAAAAAAGACUUCAUCUUUUGUUACUACGGAGCUGCCCACCCUUUCACACACUCAAGCCCACAAGAGUCAGCAGCACAUCAACUUUUCGUGCUCGACACGCCGAUCGGGGUACUACGCGAAUCGCAUGUAUAAAUGUCAGAUCUACCAUCACUGCUCGAAACGGAUUUUGACCCAGACGUUCAUCUGCCCCAAUGGAACCGCCUUUAACGAAAAGCAGAAGCUGUGUGAGAAGGCAGAUAAGGUGGCUUGCGUGGCAUCGGACAGCACGAGAAUACGAGGAAGCUCGCCUGCUUUGCAUCAGUCGCCAUCUCAACAGGUGACCGAAUCUCCUCUACAGAUCUCUUCACGAUCGGACCUCACUGAUUUAGAGACGGAGACGCCUGACAGUACAACACUUUCUAGCGUGUCAACCACUGCAGAUCUGCCCGUCUCCACGCAGACGUCAGUAGUUCUACAGCCGAAGUUCAGUACUUCAGUGUCUUAUCAGGUUUCGUCCUCUACGUCGUCGGCGUCAUAACAAUCUUCUAAUCAACGUAUAGCCAGCAGCAUCUCCAUAUAAUUAAUCAUAGUCGUUAAAACAGGCCGAGCCAUCUUCUUCCAUUUCUGUUUAGCAUGCCGAUUUGUCGUCAGCGUGCUGAUGAUCCAAAGCUUGACCCUGCGAUCAGAGACAAAGGACCUGUGCAGAGUGUUACUAUCGAUCACGAUAAUAUUACGAAGAAGGAAUAGAAACAAAAUAGGUAUUGUUCAGUCACAAUUCUGCGACUACUUGUCCCUGCUUUAACCAGUGUUGCUUGUGAGACUACGCGAAUGCGGAUAGUUUUUUCUUUUUUUUUUUUUUUUUUUUAUCGUACAUUUAUAACAGAGCAUUGACCGCAGGAUUUAGGCAUGAUGUUUACCGAAAAAGAAUUUAGCAGGUUCGUGCUGUUUGCGUCUGUGUCGGCUUGGCAAAGUUUAUGAAAGCCUUAAUUCUUUUCAUCGACAAUAUUUGAUCAUAUCCGUAUUUACAUACAACUAAAACGAAUCAUGGUGGUUUCCUGAACAGUAAAUGACCGCAAUUAUGAUCAUAAGCGAUUGACGUGCUAUCAAUACCUCCGAAGGCGGACCAGACCUCGCUACGUUAAAAGCUGCUACGAAAGCUAGGCUUUCGUUACCUCUUUGCAUUUACUAAUUGAGGUAUUGGCUACCGAGUUUAUAGCUACUGACUCUGACAAUUCCCUUUAAUUUUCCCUGGCCAGUCUUUCAACAGCAUCUAAACAUGGCGAAACCUGCCAAAAUUUGGUUCCACACUGGUCACAAACACCGGGGCCAUCGACGGCGAUCAGCGUAAACUAAACCUCUGCCAGCUCUCGAGCAUUUUCUCAUAAGCGUCAAGAAGAGUUAGCGGUUAUAACUGCAGUACGAAUAGGGCCGAAGAAGUUGGCAUUCGUCAAAAACUGAAAGGCGUAUCCUAAACCAUUUUUAUCCAUCCAUAUCCGCUGCAUCAGGCCAAGGCAAGCCCUAUAGCAAUUACGCUAACGAGCCGCUACGACGGACGGGUUGAUCAUGCUCAUGUUGAGUUGCACUGUAGUCAUGUAACUGAUGUCAAUGUAGAUGUAGUCUGCUUAGUUUGUUACUGCUGCUGGUACUUCUGCUGUUGUUAUCGGUGAUGUUGCUUUUUACCACAUGCCGUCGCUUGGCUUUGCUCCUGUCAAUCCUCGCGCUCCCUAUUUAGUUACGUUUGUUGACAGCGGCUUACUGAUGCUCCUUUUGGCUCGGGCGGGCUGUUUAUUGCAGAACGAACCAGUCAGCAACACUUGCUCUUGCCAUGCUUAGCGACAUGUUACUGUAAACAUUGUUGAGGCUAUUACUAGGACAACAGUUGCUGCUGUUGCCGAGUGUCAUCCGUAAGAAGCAAUCCCCGAGACGAGUGCGUCGGUUCGCCUAUCUAUACUAAGCAAACGCACAUCCGUUUGUUUGUCUGCCUUAACGGCAGCGGCAAUCAUGACCAACCUGUCUCUAGCCACCCGUGGGAGGCUGUGUAGAUAAAACAAGGCCUACUACCAACUACUGAAAAGCUCUCUGUCGCUCGCUUCUUCGGUAGCUGAGCUUUAGUCAAUGACUGCCUGCGAAAUGCCACAGAAACAUAUGCUGCUGCUGAUCAUUCAGUUAUUCAAACACCGAACCAACGACGCGAGCCGUUACUACCGCUACCAUCGCAGCGCUUCAUGGGGGGUUCGUAUAUCGUUGUCGGACCCCACUCCAGUGAUUGCUACUACCGCUAAUGUUGCUGCUGUUGUUAGCGGUGCGAAUAACAACGAGAGGAAGGGGGAAGUGAAUAAAGCUUAGAUGCCCGAUGCCGAAGACGUUCCAGCACCUUAUCCAGUCACCCAUCCGGACGCUCACUGAGCCCGUGGUGCUCAUCAUAGUGGCCACUUCCUGCUGAUCUAAUACUUACGCGAAGAAGAUAUUGCUUCGUGUUGUCACUAUUACGGUCGUAUUGGCGCCGUUCCUGGUCGACAUCAGACGGCGAAUUUGCGGAUGGUUUGUCGGACGCGGCCAGCAGGCCGGGGGCUCAGAACAGGAGGGUGCGCUGAUGCUACCAGCAGCAGCUCCAGUAACGACAAGGAGCGGAGAAAGAUUGAUGGCGGUGGCGGCGGAGGAGGCGACAGUAGGAGAGUGAGAAGACGCGUCGCUCAGGGGGGUCGUUAUUGAUGGCGGCGUCAAGCUCAGCCUAAGAAGAGACCAGAGAAACGGACGAAGGAAAUCACUUACGGUAGCGUGAACACCACUGUGCUAGGCCGAAAGUACGGUAGCGGUCUUAUACGUAACAACAUCGAUGACGUUACUAAUAGUCGCGGCACAUAGAACCUUACGUUGGGGUAGCAGUAGAGAAUUAUUACCAGCAACGAGACCCUCACCGCCGUUGCUCAUUCUCUUACGAUGAUACAUAAUUUAUAUGAGAUUUAUUGGCCCGGUCGUUGGUAAAGCGGUGAAAAGUGAAGACUGAGCGGGAGAUUAAGCUAUUUAACGUAAGGUCUCUGCGCGAACCGUUAACGCGGUGAGACGAAUUGGCACGAAGCACUAUGGUACCACAUAGCAGAGCUCUACGAAUAAUUAGUGAUGUGCGUCCGGCGGGUGGAUAAUCAAUUAUUUUUCUUACCUCGUGAUGAAAACAACAGCGUGGCCAAAGGCAGUAGCAGCGGAGGUGGUCAGUUUAACUUUUGUGAGUGGCGCUUUAUAGGAAUUUAUGUCAUUAAUGUUUCGAUACAAUGUCCUGGGGAGCUAAGCAGAGUUGAAUCUCAUUGGCUGAAGGUGUUUCUACUUAACUAUGAACGGGCAGUUUUCAUUCACUGUAUUAUCUACGUAGUAACAACCUAAUAAUCCUUAAUCGGACAUUAUUAUUAUUAGGGUAGGGAUAGGGUCGGAUAUCAUUCACUGUAUUAUCUACGUAGUAACAACCUAAUAAUCCUUAAUCGGACAUUAUUAUUAUUAGGGUAGGGAUAGGGUCGGAUAUCAUUCACUGUAUUAUCUACGUAGUAACAACCUAAUAAUCCUUAAUCGGACAUUAUUAUUAUUCGGGUAGGGAUAGGGUCGGAUAUCAUUCCGAUUUAGACGACCGUUCCCCCGUGUCGGUGAGCUAUAUGUCCAUAUAUUGCAUAGCGAACACCUUUAUAGCAUGUUAUCUAAGAGUCUCUUAGGCCUGCCACCGUCUUUGCCAAAAUACACGAUUUCUCGCACAAACGUUCACGACAUACACGUGCUAGUUGAUGACGAUACAACAGACACAACCGGAAGCCUAACCCUGUUACACUUCGAACUACCGGUCGUCGACGAACCGUAUGAUUGCGUGUGUAUUUUGUUGAAAAACGGUUCUCAGCCAACCAUUUAGACCAAGCACUUUUGCGCAUCAUCGUAAACCUAGUGAACUUGAAAAGGAAGAAAAUGAGCAUUUGAGAGAAUGUGCCAGUCUCGACUGAAUGCGCUAUAUGCUACCUCAAUGUAUAUCUAUAAUAGUAUUUUUCUAUAUAAAGAGUUCAUAUUCGCAUGUUUAUGUUUCAGCGAUCUCCCGAGAACUUUGUCGAAGUACCUUCAUUUCAUGGAUUGUUGUUAGUUCGCUGCCGGCAAACUUUGAGAGUGGGCCGUGUCGUCAGUU